CCUACCAGUAGGCCGUAGUGAUGUACUCGUCGCGGCCGGCGCGAGCAAAUCGCGCCCCAAAUCGCUGCCAAGACAGCCUGUCGCACGCGUGGUGCAUCACCUGACACCCAAGCGCAGAAACGUGGCAACCGCACGCGGUUUCACAGCCCCCGCGCGCGCGCACGCGCUGAGCUCCUGCUUUGGCUUCCAAGCUGCGUCGCGAUGGGCCGCCAGCCUUUAUUAUUGCGCCGCCAUAGAGCGAGCCGUAGACUGGAUCUCGCCAAGCGCGACGGAAACGAGGACGACGUCCUAGGCCGCGAGACGCACGCCGCCAUCGAGCGGGCGCGCGAUGAUGGUGAUUUACUACGCCAGAGCACGGCCGUCUCGAACAUGGGCUCCUUAAUGGGUGCCCUGGCGGCGGAGCGCGACGACAUCGCCGCGGGCGUGCCGACGGGCGGCACGCUCGACGCCGAGGCCUACGUGUUGGUCGCGCAGCGGCAGGGCGCGUGCGCGAUCGCGGUGCAGGACGCGACGGUCGCCGUCGACGAGGCGCGGGCGGCGUACGAGCAGCACAUCCUCGCGAACCCGACGCGGUACGCCCAAAAAUAUGGGCCGCCCAAGAUGAUCACCGGCGACGAGCGCCUGACACUGCGCGCCCAGGGCGCCGCCAGGCAGGCGAGGUACAAGGAGCAGGGCCCCGUCCGCGUCGAGGACACGAACGAGCACAUGGAGCUCCUCGGCAAGAUGCAGGCCAAGCACCUCGCCGACGGCCGAAAGAGGGAGAGCCUCGCGCGACAGGGCAUUGAUAGCGCCACGCUCCUGCCCGAUGUCGUGCCCGUGCAUCGAGUAGACCUCGGUCAGUUGUUUAGGGUGGACUACAGCGUGGAGGCUCCGCCGGACGAGGAACGCACGCUGUGGCCGACGCAGGAGGAAGCCCACGACCAAGCGACGCGGUGGCGCGAAAUCUUGGGUCGGCCGCGACACGCGGUGCGGGCGGCUAAAGCGGCGCGCGGCGGUGUGCUGAAUGUCCAAGUCCAUAGUAACGACGACGACCUGUUCUGUGUUCAAUAUAAAAACAAGUACAGGGGCAAGUCACGCUACGUGCGCGAGCCGGGCACUGGCGGGAGCUAUUAUUAUGAUUGGGACGCCGCGUUACAGUUGAAGGCGGACUACGAGAAGUCGAACAAAGACGCCUCGUGGUUCGUGUCCGCAGCGGAAGUGAGGGCGGUGGGAAAGGCGAACCAAGAGGCGGGCCGCGCGAAGGGUCGCGCGUCUCAGAAGAGGAAGAGGGAGACUUAGGAGACGCCGCGGCGGCGACGGAGGGCGCGCGCGCGCGCCCGGCUCCCGAGUAAUACUGUAGUUG